UUCCUGACAUUCCUCUUCUCCAAAGAGAACAUGGUGAUGGACUCCAAGUACGAGCGGGUGGUGCCGGACGACAUGAACUACCCCGUGUCUCAGUACUGGAUUUCAUCCUCCCACAACACGUAUCUCACCGGAGACCAGUUCUCUAGUGAGUCGUCCCUGGAAGCGUACGCCCGCUGCCUCCGCAUGGGUUGCCGUUGCAUUGAAUUGGACUGUUGGGAUGGCCCCGACGACCUGCCGAUUAUCUACCAUGGCCACACGCUGACCUCCAAGAUCAAAUUCUUGGAUGUGCUGCACACCAUUAAGGAGCACGCCUUCACCACCUCUGAGUUCCCCAUGAUUCUCUCCAUCGAGGACCACUGCAGCAUCGUCCAGCAGAGGAACAUGGCGUCCCACUUCAAGAAGGUCUUUGGGGACAUGCUUCUGACCAAGCCGGUGGACGUCAACGCGGACCAACUGCCCUCGCCGGCCCAGCUCAGGAAGAAAAUCCUCAUCAAGCACAAGAAGCUGGUUGAAGGGAACCUGUACGAGGAGGUCUCCAUGGCCAGCUAUUCCGAGAACGACAUCAGCAAUUCCAUCAAGAACGGCAUCCUCUACCUGGAGGACCCGAUUGACCACACCUGGAGCCCACACUACUUUGUUCUGACAAGCAACAAGAUCUAUUACUCAGAGGAGACCUCUCGCUACCAGUCCAACGAAGAUGAGGAAGAACCGGAACAGAAAGAGGAGUUUAACAACAACGAACUGCACUUCGCCGAGAAAUGGUUCCACGGCAAACUGGGCGGAGGCCGAGACGGGCGCCAGAUCGCCGAGAAGCUGCUGCACGAGUACUGCACGGAGACAGGCGGAAAGGACGGCACUUUCCUGGUGCGGGAGAGCGAGACCUUUGUGGGCGACUACACCCUCUCCUUCUGGCGCUCCGGCCGCGUCCAGCACUGCCGCAUCCAUUCCCGGCAGGAAGCCGGGGCCACCAAGUUCUACCUGACAGACAACCUGGUCUUUGACAGCCUCUACAGCCUCAUCUGCCACUACCGCGAGGUGCCGCUGCGCUGCAACGAGUUCGAGAUGCGGCUGACGGACCCCGUGCCGCAGCCCAAUGCCCACGAGAGCAAAGAGUGGUACCACGCCAACCUGACCCGCUUGCAGGCCGAGCACAUGUUGAUGCGGGUGCCCCGGGAUGGAGCCUUCCUCGUGCGCAAACGCAGCGAGCCCAACUCUUAUGCAGUCUCUUUUCGAGCGGAGGGCAAGAUUAAACACUGCCGGAUCCAGCAGGAGGGGCGCCUGUUCAUGCUGGGCAGCUCAGCCGAAUUUGAGAGCCUCCUCGACCUGGUCAGCUACCACGAGAAACACCCCCUGUACCGCAAGAUGAAGCUGCGCUACCCGAUCAACGAGGAGACCCUGGAGAAGAUGGGCACGGCGUGUACGGUGAAGGCCUUAUAUGACUACAAAGCCCAGCGCGAGGACGAGCUUUCGUUCUGCAAACAGGCCAUCAUUCACAACGUCGACAAGCAGGAUGGCGGAUGGUGGCGAGGAGACUACGGGGGCAAAAAGCAGCUCUGGUUUCCAGCCAACUACGUGGAGGAGAUCAUGAACACCUCAGUGCCGGAGCAGGAUGAAGCUUGGAGAUGCCAAGGGUUGAACCCGGUUAUCUCCAAAGACGGGAGGAGCUCCAAACCAUUUGUCUUCACCAUCCAUUCUCAGCAGAUGACCCAGCCUUCCCAGUCACUGGACAUUGCCGCAGACACCCAGGAAGAGCUCAACGACUGGGUGGCCAAGAUCCGGGAAGCCACGCAGAAUGCGGACGCCAGGAUGCAAGAGGGGAAGAUCAUGGAGCGGAGGAAGAAGAUUGCUCUGGAGCUGUCCGAACUGGUCGUUUACUGCCGUCCAGUGCCUUUCGACGAGGAGAAAAUCGGCACCGAGAAAGCGUGCUACCGGGACAUGUCUUCGUUUCCCGAGACCAAGGCUGAGAAGUAUGCCAACCGCAGCAAGGGGAAGAAGUUCCUGCAGUACAACCGCCGGCAGCUGAGCCGCGUCUACCCCAAAGGGCAGCGCCUCGACUCCUCCAACUACGACCCCCUGCCCAUGUGGCUCUGCGGCAGCCAGCUGGUCGCCCUCAACUUCCAGACGCCCGACAAGCCGAUGCAGCUGAACCAGGCGCUGUUCAUGCUGGGUGGGCGCAGCGGCUACGUGUUGCAGCCGAACAUCAUGCGGGACGACCUCUUUGACCCCUUCGACAAGAGCAGCCUGAAGUUCGUGGAGCCGAUUACUAUUCAGCUGCAGAUCCUAGGGGCCCGGCACCUCCCCAAGAACGGCCGCAGCAUCGUCUGUCCCUUUGUGGAGGUGGAGGUCUGCGGCUCUGAGUUUGACAACAGCAAAAACAAGACGGAGGUUUUGGCUGACAACGGCCUCAACCCCGUCUGGCUCGUCAAGCAGUUCGUCUUCGACAUCAACAACCCCGAGUUUGCCUUCCUGCGUUUUGUGGUCUACGAGGAGGACAUGUUCAGCGACCCCAAUUUCUUGGCCCAGGCCACCUUCCCCGUCAAGAGCCUCAGGACAGGUUACAGGUCAGUGCCUCUGAAGAACAGCUACAGUGAAGACCUCGAACUUGCUGCCCUGCUGAUCCACAUCGAAAUAGUCAAUGCCAAGGAAGAAGACGACGAGAACCUCUACUCCUCCAUCCAGCAGCUGCGGGACCGGGCCAGCGAGCUCUCCAACCAGGUCUCCAGCUUCGAGCACAGCAACAACUGUGACUCGCGGUAUCAGCAGCGGCUGGACGAGCUGCGCGCGGCGCAGGAGCGGCUCAUGGAGCUGACGGAAGUGCGCAACAGGAAGUUGAUGGAGAAAAAGAAGCGGGACCGGCAGCUGGCCAACAAACGCAACUGAGCCGACCUUGACGUUCACAUUCCGGGCUGUGGGGAGGCCGGGAGCAGUGCCGCCCCCCGGCCACCAAGCCCCAAGGAGGGCUUGGAGAACAGCCACAGCUGGGACCAUUCUCUACUAACCCCCGCCCCAGCGGGCUCGCCGUCUGGUGGGUGGAGCAGCAGACACGGCGGCAGCUGUCCCUGGAGCUGGCGCCCUUGCCAGGAGCUUUCGGAAAUGGGACGCUGGGACCUCACGGGCUCUUUCCCCCCUGGAGCAAGCGGGCUUGCUAACUGGACGAGAAAGCCCGCUGUGACCACCACCGGGCAGUCCCCGCAGGCCAUGCGACGGACGUGCCACCGGAAUCGCCUCUUCCUGGAAAGUUUGGGUGGACCUUAGGUUUAACCUGCAUACGGAGUUUCCUUUCUUUAAAAAAAAAAAAUUUCUCUCUCACCUCCUCCUUUGGUUGCAUCUUGAAAGAACAGUGGCGGUGGAUGUCAAAUCUCCCUUCUUAGGAGACCGGCUCUCCCCUGCUCCUUACACACCUGGGGCCGUGGGCGGAGAAGAAGCGGAAGGCGUAGACUAGGAAGAAGGCGGGGCCGUGCCUUGUGUGCGUCCAUUGGAGGGGCAGAGAGGGCAGUGAUUGGAGCAGAAGCACGUGACGGACAGCUGAGGGAGGAGGUUUUCCAAGGAUAGUUCCCUGGCCAAGCCCCCAAGCGACCCAUUGAGACAGCACAAGGGGGGGGGGGACGUUGCAGGCGUCAGGGAUCACUGGUGGGGGAAGAUGGGAGGGUAAGGCGUGCACAGAGGUGUCGCCUUUUCUAAGCAUAGCGUUACAGGCUGCUGUAACGCAGACGGACCAGCACCGCUCCCUGUCUGCUGUCUUUAAGCACAAGUUCCAGUGCGACGAACGGCAACCCCCCGUCUGCAUCUCCGUCCUUCCGAAGUCUAUGAUGGAAGUAGGUUUCAUCAACUUAACAUGGUGCCUGCUCCCAAAUAUACACUAGCUUGCCGUCUUGGUAUAUUUAUUUAUUUAUUGUAGGCGAAGGUGGCCCGGCCUUCAGUAGCUAAGCCACCACGACGCAGCGCUAAAGCACCAGCUUUGUAGGAAGGGUCUGAUCGAUGGUGUCUUCAGCUAAAAGCUCUCUUGCCAGUGGUGCUCCAGACUGAGUAGGCGAUGCCAUGCUGGACGGACCAGGGGUCUCAUUUGGUAUAAGGCUGCUUGCCAGGAUUAGUUCGUUCAGGUGUUUAAUUCUUGGCACGGCUUAUACUGCUGCUUGAUCUUUCACCUGGUCUGCUGGGAAAAGGGGGCUUCUUUUCCCUCCGUGUACAAAGUUUUA